CAUGUCCUCCGCGCGCGCUAUCUUUACCGUUGGGCAAUACACAAUCAGUGAUAAAGUUUUAUCAUUCUAGUUUUCGUAUCUUUGCUCUGCUCUCGAACCAUUUAGGGAAAGUUUGUGGACAAUAACGCAUGUUGGCUUGGAAUUAUUUUAAACUUCUAAACUAAGGAUUUAAAACCUUUCUUUCAUCUUCCAAAUUCAAAAAGUUUAGAAAGGGCGUGGUUAUACCUUACACUUUGGAGUUUAUUUCUACCAUUUUUUUUUAACAAUGUUUUUUGAAUCACCGAACAGGUGCGCGAGUUCACAACGACAGGUGACGAGAGACCAGCAUACAGGUAUAUGGAUUUGUGACUUUGAACCGUACAAGCUAAAACAACGCCUCCUACAUUCGAACCGUUAUACUUUAUUUCCAAAAUGACGGAAGUCGAUCAAGCUUGGCAAAAUAAUUCACCUGAAGCAUAUUCAGAUGAGGAAGCAGACCCAGCAGCUUGUGAAGAAAUAACAGUCAUAUCAUCUCAAGAACAAGAAAAUUCUCAACCAAGUGAUGAUACGCAUCAUCACUUUUCAAGCGGUUCAGAGUCCACGGACAUCAGGUCAAAUUCUAAUGUGGAACUCUACACGACGAACGGAGUAACUCCCCUCUGUCACCAAGUUGUAAUACAAUCGGCUGAAUCUGCUGCCGAGACAGCACAAGCCGUGGAAAGUAUAAGUCAAGAAAUCUCUAGUGAGAACCCGGAUGAGGACAAUACACUGGCACACGAAAGCGACGGUAAUGUGACAUACACAGAGUACAAUAUACAACCACCGGGUACUUUGACACAAUUAACACCCGUGCCAACGUUUGAAACUGCCACGGGGCAUUUAUUACCUAAAGAGGACGUGGAAGCAUUUUUUAGCAACAUGGACCGACCAACUGCAACUUCUGUGACAUUAACCACGCCCAAUUAUCAGGCUGGCACGGGGAACGGUGAAUUUACGACUCUGACACCCGCCCAGUCAUUGUACCAAAAUCUUCUAUCGAGUCAGCAUCAGGUCACUGAUAACAACACAGCCUACAACAUGACAGCUUUGUAUCCCAACCCUCGGGCUUUACAGAUGCAGUACGGGGUAACCACGACAGGAUGGAAUUUAUCUGCCACGGGCGAUGCUCUAUACAGUUCUCCGUCAUCCAGUCCCUCCGCUGGUAAAUACAACAACUUCUCCAUGACAAAUGAUCCCGGGUCUCCGUCCAGUGGCCGAAGUGAUAAUUCUGUGGACACACCUUACAGUAGACCACCCAUGUAUACCAACUUCAUGACUCAGGAAGGAGUUCCUGGGUACAACUACACAAUACCAUAUGGCUCUCAGGACGAGGCAGCUACAUACUUUGACAUGGGGGAAGGCCGUGAGUGUGUGAACUGUGGGGCAGUGUCCACACCCUUGUGGCGGAAAGAUGGGACGGGACAUUAUUUGUGUAACGCCUGUGGAUUGUAUCAUAAAAUGAAUGGAUUGAAUCGCCAGCCAAAUGGUAAACCGAUCCAGUCACCCAGUAGGGAACAGGUGGAAGAAGAAAAACCAAAGAAAUUUGAGAAGAAUUUUGACAAGGUUAAUAACAGAAGUCGGAUGGGCUUGUCCUGUGCUAACUGUGGAACAACCACAACGACUUUAUGGAGAAGGAACAGUGAAGGGGAACCAGUUUGUAACGCAUGUGGACUCUACUAUAAAUUACACCAGGUAGCCAGACCAAUGUCAAUGAAAAAAGAUGGAAUCCAAACAAGAAAACGUAAAGCAAAAAUGGCGUCAAAAGCAGCUACUCCAACACGUGACAUGAAUAAUACACCAGAUCAUAAUAUCAUGACUUCAUCAUACGCAACAUCUAUGCCAUAUACAGGGAACCAGUCAUCAGGAUUACUAGAUCUUUCCGUAACCAGAUCAGACAAUCAAUUAGUGACUGACAUGAAGCAUAUCACAACAUAUCCUCAACUAUACCAGAGUCACAGUUCUGUCUUAGCUGCUCUUAGUGCGCCACCUCCCGCUCUUCUACAGGUUGGUAGCCCUCCACCUGGCAUGCUCCCAUCUUUUCAACACGUCACAUCCGGUCACAUGACUGAAUUAGAGCGUUCCAUGACAUUUCAUUCUGAUAUGGUCUUGAAGCAAGAGCCAAUAUUUGAACCAUCACCGCCAAAGGCUGUUCCCGUAUCAGUUCCAGAAUUAGAGGCAGAAAGUGAACUCAGGACCACUCCAAAUGGCACACCACCUUCAGAUAUUACACCAUUAAGAGCAGCCACAAUGGUGUCACAGAAUUAAUGGAUGAUAGUUUGAAAACGUCUGCUUUUCGAAUGGACCAGAGUAAUUUUAUAAAUAUACUCAGUUUUAAAAAUAGUUUUAAGUACAUAUCAAAUUUUAAUAUGAAAUCAAAAGCAUAAGCAUUGAAAAAUGUAUUGUCUACUCAUCUGUUGAUAUAAGAAAAAUGUAUAGAGAGC